GUGGUUCCUGCGUGUGACCUAACACGUCCUCCAGAUUUAGUUUGUGAGCUAGGACGUGUAUUUUGACUGUGGGUGUCAUCUUUAGGUCGUUUUAGAGGUUAUAAUCAUGGUUUUUGAAAACAAAAUGAUCAAGUACGACGACCCCGACGAUGAGGAGGAGGCUCCGGCAGAGGAAGAGGCAGAGGCAGAAGGAGGAGAUGAGGAAGAGGAGGAGGAAGAAGAGGAGGAGGAAGACAUGGUGGACCCCUUAGAGACGAUAAGGGCCAAGUGCGAGCAGUCUGAGCACUGCGCCCACACGCAGCACCGGCUGGAGGCCUGCACACAGCGCGUGUCCUCCAGGGACGCCACCGAGGAAGACUGCACCGAGGAGCUGUUUGAUUUCCUACACGCGCGGGAUCACUGUGUAGCACACAAGCUCUUCCAUAGCGUGAAAUGAACCCCUUUCCCCACCUACCACCACCCCCGUCAGUUCCAUUAUUAUGUCCCAGCUGUGGAAUAAUUAUUUAAAUUCUUAAUGCUAAGAUUGUAUGUAUGUGCUGUCCAGAGAACUUGAGGAAAAACACAGCUAUAGUUAUGUAUUCAUGUGAAUAAAAGUAUGAUUCUUGUUAAUAUUUGUGUGGGGUCCCUAGAAUGAAACACCUACCUGAAACAUCCACCCACAGAAUGGGUGUAAGUAUUACCUCUGCUGUCAUGGUGACGGUUUCUGGGAGACCAGGCUAGGCUUGUCACUGCCAGUUCAAGGGUCACGUUCAACAGAGCAAAACGUCCUUUAGUGUUAAACACUCAAUCUGUUUACUGUGGAAUCAAGUACUGUAAUAAUAAACCUCUUUCAAGGAACAUGUAAUAAAUCGCAGCUCAACCCACCACUCUGUGCUUGAAAUUUAGGGAACCGUGCGCGCUUGAACGUGACCCGGGUCUGAAGCGUCUCUUCACCCUGCCCUUCCAGAGAACAACAUUGCUAGUUUGUGUAAUAUUAUGGCCUAGUGACUAACUUGAGCAUCAGGUGGACAAUGUUUAUUCAGAUUAUCUCAAACAAGUUCAAUAAAUUAGACAAUGUUGGUGGGGCUUCCUACCCUGAAACGACAUCUGUCCUUUUCACGAAAUAAAACUUCACCUCUG